GUGUAAGUUCAUCUGUGACGGUAGUCAACAUUAUGUUACAAAUUUAAGCUUUAUUCCCGAACACAGAAUAAAGCACUCACCAUCAGGCUUUCGAUCAGUCCUCUGAUCCUUAUCAAGUUGAAAUGACCCAAAAGCCUAAGUUACACAUCCAGACCGGAAGUGUGACGUCAGCAAUGGGUCAUAGAUAUACGUUGAUUUUGCAGCUUCUUUAUAUGAUUGACUGUAGUUUCACAAAGUUAUGACGGAAAACGGACAAAAAACUAUUUGCGUGUGGAUGCCAUCCACAAAAUCAAGUUAGUGUGGACUUCGCGAAAAUUAAACAUUUGGUGAUUUACAUAAUACAAUUCAGCAGAGCAAUUUCUCAGAGUUAAGAUCACGGUAAAUACGAAAAUCUUUUAUAAAGCCUUGUGAGAACUCAUUUGGUUGAGUGCAGUGGUGUAUAAAAGUCGUUGAGGUUUUAGAAGCAGUAGAAUUUUGCCGGACUUGGUGCAAGACGGUUGCAAUUUUAUACUACGGUGUUCGGCCAUCUUUGUUCAGAGAUGACUCGUUCCCAGGCAGCCACUCUCGUUCUCUUUGUCUUCUGCUUCGGGAUCAAUGAGGGGAGUAUCGACUUUUGGAAAAACUUACACGAUGCCGCUGAGAAAGGAAAGGCGGACUUGAUGAAGAAUAUUGAAGACCACGUGAAGAACAUACAGACCACGGCAGAAAACGCCCAUGCUAAGUGGAACCUCAUCACCGUGAACAACCAACGCAUCAAGAAACUGGAAACAGAUCUGGCCGCCGUUUCAUCCACCGUGCGCCGUCUGGACCAGACCAUGCGCCAGCUCGCGUCCCAGCAAAAUAAACUGAGGGGCGAUGUAUCCCGGCACGCGCACGACCACCCGAACCAGAAGCCGAACCGACUCGAGGAUAUUUUCCACCGUACCAUGAGCAAACAAGAGCGGCACAUCAAGGGGCUAGACAGACUCCUCCAGCAGAUGCAAGGGAAGGUGAACCGCUUGGAGACGACCACCUCUUCAACCGCUCAAAACAACAACAACGAGCUGAGGAAAAAGAUACAGCGCAACGAGAACGAGAUAAAACAGCAAAAGGAACAGUCAAAACAUCAAGAACAACGUCUGAUGGCUGAGAUGAACCACCUCCGCUCUAUCGUCCACAACAAAGGGGGCAGCUACAUACCACCAUUCUACCCCGGAAAGGGUGCACACAGUGCCAACAUGCAAGACAACAUCAACCGUCUGCAGAGCCAAGUGAGCGCCAUCAUGGCCAAUCAGAAAGGAGAAAAGGCCGAGAACGAACGCCUAUUCGCUCUCAUAUCCGAGCUUCAAAACAAGAAGAACGACAAAAUGAAACCGACAAGCAACGUUCAACACGCAGAGUUGCCGACGGAUGUGCAAGCCUUUGUGAAAGAGCACCUGGACCAAGCUAUGGACGACAACCUGACUGCUAUAGUGAAUGAUCUACAGGGCCAAGUACAACGCCUUGAGGAACGACCAUACGUAGGGCACUGCGAGGUCGGGGUUCUCGGUCUACCGUGGAAUGCUGACGGGAAGGCGGGGUAUGGAGGGAGAGGUUCCGUCACAUUCAGCAAGACGUUCCGUACAGUUCCCGUGGUCUCCGCCGCCCUGUACAAGCUCUACCAUACUGGCAACCAACCUGUUGGAAUCGUGGUGUCAGCCGAUGACGUGACCGAGAUGGGGUUCCGGCUGAAGCUUUACGGGUGGGACCAGACCAAGCUGCACAGUGCAGGGGUGCAGUGGAUGGCGUGUGGCUAGGGUCAACGUUCUAACUAACAGGCUUUACACUUGUUUUAAACUGUCGUACGAGGCAAUGUAGCCUACUUUUCUUGUAGACUCUCGUUUUUAUUUUCCCGAGUGUAAAUCGAAAUGAAAUUAAGUCUACUACAAACGUAUGCUGUGGCCUCCAGUAGACCCUACUUUAUUUCAAUUUACACUCACGAUAGUCUACAAGAGACGUUGACAACAUAAGAUCCCUAGCGCGACAGUAUAAAAAAAGUGUAAUUACGUACCAAGUCUCUUUUUGAACGGUUCUGAACAAAAUAUAUGUAGAGCUUGUUUAAAUUGUUAUAAGAUGAGAUAAAGUCAAAAUCGGGCAUGCAUAGUGGCCUAAAUACGGCACCACAUGAUUGCUAUUUUAUACUGCGUCUUUCAUAACUUUUUUUUUCACAGUUUUCGUGGUACAAUUUAUUUGACGACCUGUUACGUCUACUGACACCAACCUUCUAUACAUAACAUUAUCUCGCAGAUAAAUCGAAAAAACGCUCGUAUUAACAAAGAGGAAACAGAUUUGACUAGAACGGUAUACAUUGAUCUAACAAGUUUAUCAUUUGAUAUGUUACAAUGUGUAUUAUAGUGUACUGUCAGUCCUUUUGCAACGGCCUAUUUCAAUAUAUGUAGUUGUUUUCAUUUUGUAAAUGGAAACCGCAUAAUCUAACUAACAUUUUAGUCAUCUAUGUUCUGUUCUAUAGCUGACACUGGUUCACUUUUAUACGCUGGGUGACCUAUAUCCGUUGUUAUAUCAAAUUACAAGUACAAUAUUUUAACAAGAUUCUGAAAAUAUUGAAGUUUUAAACCACCGUGCUUCUGCUUGAUAUCACUAAAUAUCUUGUUCUAAAAAUCACGGAUAUAGGUGACCUAGCGUUACCGAUUCUAAACAUACUGAACACUUAACGUUGGUAACGAUGGUAUUGUUCUUUCUUCUGCCUUCUAUGCUUCUUUUGCAUAUAGAAAACAAUAAACGUUGACGGAAAAUC